CUGGUUUACUGUCAUCUAUUGGAGAGCUGAGGCAUGCCCUGUCGGGGGCGGCGUGCGUGCGCCUGUUCGACCCGAAGACGACCUGUCACCAGGAGUGUCUCAUCACCACCUUCCAGGACGUCUACUUCGUCUCCGAGAGCUUUGAGGAGGCCAAGGAGAAGAUGAGGGAGUUUGCAAGGACGAUAAAGCGUCCCUUCUCUGUGUACUACAACCCGUACACGCAGAGCAUCGACCUGCUGAAGGACACCGGGGGCAUCGAGACCGUGGUCCAGGACCUCCGCAGCGACCUGACCACCGUCUGUGACGCGCUGGGCAAGAUGAACACCUACAUGGGCAUCUGACACGCCGCGCUCUGAUUGGCUCCCAGCCUCACACAUGUGACCCUGCCGCGCUCUCAUUGGCUCCCAGCCUCUCACCUGUGACCACGCCGCGCUCUCAUUGGCUCCCAGCCUCUCACCUGUGACAGAACCACAAGAAGUAGAUUUCACACAUGAACACCAUCACACACAAGGCUUGUAGCAACGCAUUGUUAACAAAUCAUUAGAGCUUCAUUAUUAAAGAUUUAAUGAAGCUUCGUUAAA